ACUGUGCACUCUGUGCUCCAAACACUGUGCACCCAGUGCUCAAAACACACCAAAACCCCCAGCGGACGCAGCCAAACCUUCACGAACAGAUCCAACCCCCUCCCCUCCUGACGGUGGACUGGACGCCUGCAUGGACUCUCUGUGUCACAAUGGAUCUCCUCCUCGUUUCGAUAUUCUCUCAUUUCCUGAAGAUGUCUGCAGACAAUCCCUGCGUGCCUAGUUAGCAAUAAUUCUCAUAGUAUUUUUGUAUCUAUCAACAUCAUCAGAGGAGUUAUUUGGUAAAUUAUUCUACGUUCUCAACAAUGACCAAAACACUGUGAAUUGGCUUUAAAUUUAAUAAUAGUCGCUAAUCUCGUGAUGGAUACGACAACGUUAGUGCCCCUCUCCACAGCGGCCUGGGCUGUGGUGCAGCAGUCUGAUGGGUCAGGCUACUUGUGGCUGCUGGUGUUGGGAUUCAUUAUCGCCUUCAUCCUGGCGUUCUCCGUGGGGGCCAACGAUGUGGCCAAUUCCUUCGGUACAGCCGUUGGCUCCGGGGUCGUGACCUUACGGCAGGCCUGCAUCCUGGCCACCAUCUUUGAGACCGUGGGUUCAGUUCUACUGGGGGCCAAAGUCAGCGAGACCAUCCGGCAGGGCAUCAUUGACGUCUGGAUGUACAACGGAUCUGAACAAGUACUGAUGGCAGGAUCGAUUAGCGCCAUGUGUGGUUCGGCUGUGUGGCAGCUGGUGGCUUCCUUUCUGAAGCUCCCCAUUUCUGGAACACACUGUAUUGUGGGAGCCACAAUUGGCUUCUCCAUGGUAGCCAGAGGUCAUCAAGGGGUUAAAUGGUUGGAACUGCUCCGCAUUGUGGCCUCCUGGUUCCUGUCACCUGUGUUGUCAGGCAUCAUGUCUGGAAUUCUCUUCUAUUUUGUCCGCAAAUUCAUUCUGAGUAAGGCUGACCCCGUACCCAGCGGUCUCAGAGCUCUUCCAGUCUUCUACGGCAUCACUAUGGGCAUCAACCUGUUUUCCAUCAUGUUCACUGGAGCUCCACUGCUAGGUUUUGACAAAGUGCCAUGGUGGGGAACACUGUGCAUUUCUCUGGGCUGUGCCCUUGUCACAGGGUUGGUCAUUUGGUUUGUGGUCUGUCCACGCCUCAAGAAGAAAAUCAAACGAGAAAAGCCCACUGAUCCCUGUGAAACUCCACUGGUGGAGAAGACCUCCAGGGAGCCUGUGUUAGCAGAGCAGCCUUCACGACCUUCUGAUCUCCCACCCAAGACUCCAGAAGCAGAGAGUCAAACGGUCGCUUUUCGACUCGGAGGCUCAGAGGAAACUGAAUUGGACAACAGUGACAUUGAAAACAAAGACUUGGAUAUCAGCAAUGCUAUUAAUGGCACCUUUGGACCCAUGAUGAUGAUCACAGGUGCUCGCAGUGAAAGGUCCCACACAAUUCCAAAAGACGCAAGUCUUUACAAAGACCUACUACACAGGAUUCAUAUGGCUAAAGUCAAAGACUGGACUGGUGACAGUGAUACAGAACAGGGGCCAAUCCGGAGGAACAACACCUACACCGCUUACACUCUGGCCAUCUAUGGCAUCCAACGGGAUCCUAAAUACAAGGAGGUUGAUGGUUGGGUACAGAGAAGAUCAAGGCUGGAAGGCUACAGCAGCUACACCACAACUGUCACCAGUGCAAGUGCAGCCCAGGUUGGGAGUGAAGCACCAGAACCCUGCCAGGAUGCUGAGCUCGAGGAGGACAAACUGGAAGUUGACCAACCAGCAGUCUCCUUACUUUUCCAGUUUCUCCAGAUACUCACCGCAUGCUUUGGUUCCUUUGCUCACGGAGGGAAUGAUGUCAGCAAUGCAAUUGGUCCACUGGUGGCUCUGUGGCUCCUGUAUGAGACGGGGUCUGUGAUGUCCAAUGCACCCACACCCAUCUGGCUGCUUCUAUACGGAGGAGUGGGGAUCUGCACCGGGCUCUGGAUAUGGGGCCGAAGAGUGAUUCAGACCUUGGGCAAAGACCUCACCCCAAUUACACCCUCUAGUGGAUUCAGCAUUGAACUGGCUUCAGCCAUCACAGUCGUUGUGGCAUCCAAUAUUGGUCUUCCUGUCAGCACGACCCACUGCAAGGUUGGUUCUGUGGUCGCUGUGGGAUGGAUCCGCUCCAGGAAAUCUGUUGACUGGAGACUGUUCAGAAACAUCUUCAUAGCCUGGUUUGUUACUGUUCCCAUCUCCGGGCUCAUCAGUGCUGCCAUCAUGGCUCUCUUCAUAUAUGUUAUUCUGUGAGAUUUCAAAUGACAGCACACUUUUUUUUUUCUGAUGGACUGCCACAAUUGAUGUCUGGCUGAAAUUUGGUAAAACUGUUCUCUCAAACAUG